AUGCUCGAAAAUGUGCCAUCCUAUAACCACGUCGUCACCCGCCGCCGCCUUACCCAAAUACAGCUGCCGGCCAGCCUUGCAAACGGCCAAGGUGGCGUUUUCUACUACAUCUAUCUUGGCGUCCCCCUGCCCAAGGGAAUCGUCUGCGAAAUCUUCAAGUCCAGCCCCAGCGCCUUCUUCCUCAUGCGCCGGAGCCACGACAGCUUCGUGUCCGCCUCCGGUAUGUUCAAGGCCAUCUUCCCCUAUACUGAGGCCUCCAAAGAAGAGGCCGAGCGCAAGAAUAUCAAGUUUUUUGCCACCACCAGCCCCGAGGAGACGGGCCAAGACAUGAUGUCGAAUUGCCAAGUCGCAGCUAUUAUAGCCGCGGGAAAGCCUUGA